CGGCCACAAACGGAAGUGAUGUCAGAGUGCUGAAGAAGAUUGUCCCUCGGUGCAGAGCGUAGAUCCGCUCAAGUAUGUAACAUUAGCUGCAACAGCGCUAACAACUGGCACUCGGCUAAAAGCGUAAAGAAUCUGCUUCUUGCCAUUGAAACCUCGUGGGUGUAGUCAGGAAUUUCUAAAUUAAAUGUAAAUUAAUAUAUGAAACACUCCCCACUAGAAUACAGAGUAUCAAGUUAGAUUUCACGUUUUCUCAGCUCUGAAAUUUUCUUCGUGUCAAACAUGGUUAACGUACACAAGGGAGUCCUUGUUGAAUGUGACCCUGCCAUGAAACAGUUCCUUCUCUACCUGGAUGAAACCAUGGCCUUGGGAAAGAAAUUCAUCCUCAAGGACCUGGACGACACACAUCUCUUCAUCCUGGCAGAGGUGGUUCAGACCCUCCAGGAGAGAGUGGGCGAGUUGAUGGACCAGAAUUCAUUCCCGAUAACACAGAAGUGAAGAAUGGGUGUUCUUGGACUCCCAGACUGUUAAAGACUAUUUUGUAACUGCUGCAAUGUUUUAAAUGGACACUGUAAGAUGGCAUUUACUUUUGUAUUAUAAAUGUGAAGAAAUCAAGUAAAAGAUUACCCCACAUUUA